GAAGUCAUCAGUCUCCAAUCGGCAGAAUCGGGUCGCCAAUCGAGGAAAAGUCAAGUGUUUCUGCGUUUUCGAAUGGAGGAAAUCCAAUGAUCGCAAAAUAGAACGCCCAGAUGGCCUGCGACGGGUCGACGUUGCAAAAGACGAUCGUUUCCUAACCUCAAAGACAAGGCGAGUGAUGAAUUUUUUUUUUUUCGGUAGAAAUCGCAAACCGGGGUGCUGCGAACGCCCGCGAUUCACCCAGCACUGGUGGCGGAUUCGUGCAUGGCGACGGAAAUUGCCGACCGCGUCCCGUCACGCGGCGGUUGACUCCAUCCAGCGAUCCCACAUCCCAGCCUGAUCGCGGUCGCGGAUUAGCGGGUAGUGCGUGGUGGAGCGCGGUUCACAACGGAUUGAAAGUAGUGACGACCUGCGUCGCGAAAUACAUUCGUAAUAGGCGGAAGAGAAAGACGCGAGAAGAGCAAGAAAACGUGCGUCCAAGAGUAGUGUGCGUGCGUGCGUGUGUGUGCAUGUGUGUGUGCGUGUGUGUACUUUGUGUACGUGCAUGGAAAAGAAAGAGCGAAAGGGAGUUGACGUAGGGAAGAGACUGCACGAUCGUGGAGUCGCUCGAGACAGCUCGCUCCGGAACUAGGACUCGGUGUCGCCGUGUAGCGUCGCGAAACGAGAAAGCCUCCGCCGCGCCUACGAUAAUACGCGAAAAUCAGUGAAACGAGAUCGCGUUGACGACACGCGCGCGGACGACGGCACCGCUCGUUGCGUGGAACGAUGUACGUGACGGGGAUGGAACGUGCGGGAAAGUGGCGAAAACCGUAAAGGUGAUAGCGCAGUGCCGUGCACGUCGGUGGCGAUAGUAGCCCGUCGUAGCGGCGACUUCGGCAGCGGCGGCGGUAACGACGACGGCGACGGCGACGACGACGGCGACGACGACAGUAGUAACAGUGGUGGUAAAAGGUGACAGUGACAGUAGUGGUGCGGUGACGGCGCGGGGGCGCUCCGAUGGUACUUCGGUGAGCGGAGGGAGCGCGGGCGGGGGUGCGGCGGUAGAAGAGCAGGAGAGGUACGCGCCGCUGCGUGUUGCGUGUAGCACGCCGGCUCGGCGCGGGCGGCGGUGGCAGUGGUGGUUUGCGCGCGUGUUAGUGCGGCACGCACUUGCUCGACGGGGCCGCGUCGUCUCGUCGUCGUCGCCGUCGUCGUUGUCGGUGUCGUCUCGUUCCGUCCUUCUGGCCGUCAACGGCCGGCGCGAACGUCAUCGUCGCGAACGUCGUCGUCGUCGUCGUCGUCGCUCGACGGCAGCAGCGGCUCCUGCCCCCCCACCGCAGCGCGCCGCCGCCGUCGUCGCCGUCGUCGUCGUCGUCGUCGCUGCCGCCGCCGCUCCUCUCUCUCUCUUCCUCUCUCUCUCAGUCGCUCUCGCCGGGGGCCACCGCACCGAAGGCGUCCGCGCGACGAGCCAGACCAGCCGCUACGCAAGAUGGCUGUGUGUCGCUGACGGGUGCCCGACAAACCGGACAGGGGUACAGACAGUCCGCGGAUAAGCGGAACAUGCGGCUACGUGACCGUCGGGCCCGUCCCUGAAGAGAGAGACACUGGCCAAGAAGCGAGAGGGAAUGUGUGACAUGUUCAUCCAAACACAGCAGACGAGUAGCGUCAACGGCAGCAGCAGCAGCAGCAGCAGCAGCAGCAGCAGUAACAACACCGUUCACCACCCCAGCAAGAAGCGCAAGUUAGAUUACAACGUGAGCCAGCCGGUGAUCCAGCACGCAUUGGUCCAAUCGACCAGCGACUACCAAUUGGACAAUACCGGUCUGCAACAACGGUACUCCGUGAACGGUGCUAAUACCGCAUUUAGCUCGCUGCACAACAAUAAUGCGCUGCAGAAGAGUAGCCCGAACCAGCAGACCCUGGUACGAGCCUCGACGAUCAAGCUCUUAGACACGUACCAGCGCUGUGGCCAGAAGAGAAAAACUUGGUCGAGGGAAGGUAAUGGUGACGGCCUGGCAGUCCAUUCCGCCAACGCGAAUGUGGUGGGUAGUACUGUAGUGUCGCAGCAUCAUACCCAACAGCAACAGCAGCUGCAGCAACAACAGCAGCAACAGCACAGCAAGCAGGCAAGCAUGACGGCGCAUAGCAAACAAGUGGCCAACGCGGCCAACGGCGGCGGCAGCAGCAAUCCCCAGGGCGACGGGGAUUAUCAUUUGGUGCAGCACGAAGUUCUUUAUUCCAUGACCCAUCAGUAUGAGGUCCUCGAGUUUCUCGGCAGAGGUACUUUCGGACAGGUUGUAAAAUGUUGGAAAAAAGGGACAAGCGACAUAGUAGCCAUCAAAAUUCUUAAGAACCAUCCAUCGUAUGCGCGCCAAGGUCAGAUUGAGGUCUCCAUCCUGUCUCGACUUAGUCAGGAAAAUGCGGAUGAGUUCAAUUUCGUGCGCGCCUACGAGUGCUUUCAGCACAAGUCACAUACCUGCUUGGUAUUUGAAAUGUUAGAGCAAAAUCUCUACGAUUUCUUGAAGCAGAAUAAAUUUUCACCCCUGCCUCUCAAAUACAUUAGGCCCAUUCUCCAACAAGUGUUGACCGCGCUAUUGAAAUUGAAGCAAUUAGGAUUGAUACAUGCCGAUUUGAAACCGGAGAACAUUAUGCUGGUGGAUCCAAUGCGUCAGCCCUAUCGAGUGAAAGUCAUCGAUUUCGGAUCGGCCUCGCAUGUAUCCAAAGCCGUCUGUAACACUUAUCUGCAAUCACGAUACUAUCGCGCACCCGAGAUCAUACUGGGACUUCCGUAUUGUGAAGCGAUAGAUAUGUGGUCUCUCGGUUGUGUGGUUGCAGAAUUAUUUCUGGGAUGGCCUUUAUAUCCAGGCAGUUCCGAAUAUGAUCAAAUUCGAUAUAUAAGUCAAACGCAGGGCCUACCGACGGAGCAUAUGCUAAACAACGCCAGCAAAACAACAAAAUUCUUUUACCGGGACAUGGACAGUACAUAUCCAUUUUGGCGAUUAAAGACACCGGAAGAACACGAGGCAGAGACUGGUAUCAAAUCCAAGGAAGCGAGAAAAUAUAUUUUUAAUUGCCUUGACGAUAUCGGUCAGGUUAAUGUACCUACUGACUUAGACGGCGGUCAACUCUUGCCAGAGAAAGCGGAUAGGCGAGAGUUCAUUGAUCUCUUGAAGAGGAUGCUUACAAUGGACCAGGUAGAGCGCCGUAUAACACCCGGCGAGGCACUGAAUCAUGCGUUUGUUACUCUGGCACAUCUAGUCGAUUACGCGCAUUGUAACAACGUCAAAGCUUCCGUCCAGAUGAUGGAGGUUUGCAGGCGCGCGGGAGAUUUUACUGCGAGUCCUGCGCAUCAUCAGGCUCCGCCGGCGCCUCAGCCACCUCCACCAACGUCUUUAGUAGCCAAUUUUGUACCGACUACUAACGGCAGUGCGGUGACUCUCACCUUCAACAACCAAUUGUCUAAUCAAGUGCAGCGAUUAGUCAGAGAGCACCGCACCGCACAAACAGGAUAUGACAAUCUGUACCAAAUAUAUAGUAACAGCAGUAGACGAGCGACACAAUAUAGUGGCUCGUCUAGCGGAUCCAACAGCGGACGAAGUGGAGUUCACGAUUUUCCACAUCAACUGGUACCCGGUAUAUUGUGUCCACCACAUGGCUACCAAACUAUGCCAAGUCCUGCGAAGCACGUAGUUGUUGCUCAACCACCACAAGCGCAACAAGCACCUCUGCAGAUACAAUCAUCCAUUAUAUCGCAGCAAGCCGUGGCCGCGGCAGCUGUAGCUGCUCAACAACAAUACGCUGCAGUUCCCGUGUCUAUGGUCGAGACUGGUCGGCAAAUGUUGCUUACCAAUGCUGUGCAGACAUCUUGGCCUGGUGGAAGUCGUCAGAUGGCUGCGAUCGUACCAUCGUGGCAGCAAUUGCCACCGCAGCACAUUCAACAACCACUUCUCAGCGAUACUGGAGAUUGGGGAAGGCCCCUAAUCGUCGAUAGCUCUGCUAUUCUACAGGAUCAGCGGCCGGUAUUUCCUGUCACGGAAGUUUACAAUGCUAGUGCACUUGUCGAGCAUCCGUCACAGAGCUGGGGCAAGCGCACCGUCACCAAACAUCAUCAGCAUCAUGUGACGGUACCUCAGCAGACUCAGCAUAGACAUGAACACAAGAAAGAGACGCAACAACUCAGUCCUGUGAAGAAACGGGUAAAGGAGAGCACACCGCCGAGUAGUAUGCGACGACACUCACCGAGCAGUCAUUGGCAGGAACAGCCAGUUCAGUCUCAUCAUCACAGUAGCAAACACAGUAGUAGUCAUAACGUGGAACAUCAGCCAGUCGCAUCCGUACGGCAACAAACCAUCACGAUUGAUGACACGCCUUCACCAGCCGUUUCCGUUAUCACGAUCAGUGAUAGUGAAGACGAGGCACCUGGAAAAUGCUGUGGAGACCGUCAGUGCAGCGCCUGUCAAAGUUUGGCAACUCGCCUGUCGGGCGACGGACGUCCUGUCCGUGAAGAAAUCAUACGAAGCACUCAAUCGACGCCCCGCGUAAUACAGCCGAUGCAACAGUCAACACACGCGAGCAGUCAGCAACAUGCGGGUGGGCACGUUACAACGCAUAGCAGCUCGUCAUCACAUCGAACGCAUCGCAAGAAUAUCAUUAGCUGUGUCACUGUUGGUGAUAGCGACGGCGAAGCUAGCCCAAGUCGCACGCAUGCUCAUUUAUAUCUGCCGCAACAUCCGCAGCAUCAGCAAACCACGCAGUUAAUUAAGCACGAGCCGCAGCAACAACAUCACGUCAGCAGUAGCUCAGGCUAUUCUUCUCAGUCACAAAAGAAGCGGCUAUUGGCGAAGGUGCAGUCUGAAUGUAACAUGGUGAACGUCGCGACGAAACCGGAACCCGGUGUUGAGUACCUUGCUCCACAUCCGUGUCACGCGCCAGCUUGCAAAGAGCCACCGACCUAUCAGUAUGUGACCACGAGUAGUGCGCAUCCUCACCUCCAAGAGCAGCAUAUCGUGUACACGACCGGCACGGACAAACGAGUGUCCUGGCCUGGGAAGCGAGCUGAGUACAAGCAUGAAUACGUUCAACCACCGGCUGCUCACUCGAGAGACCAUCAGAAGUGGGUGGUGGCCAAUCCUGUGCAUCAAUAUAGGCAGAGCCAGGUAGUAGGUACGGCAGCCCAUCCGGGUCAUACCCAUAGUCACGGGCAUCACGGGCAUCCGGCUCAUUUAAGUCCCGGCGGCAGUGGCGGUGGUAGGAGUCCCGCCGGAGGGCCUGUGAUAGGAAGUGCCCAGCAUUUGGGACAGCCCCUCUACCAGGAAUACGCUCACGUGCGUUCGAGAGCCCACGCGGUGCCGCCUCCUGUGUACGUUACCGCGGCACCAUCACAGGCUGCUACAGCUAUCCAGCAACAACAAGUACCCACGUAUCAAGGAUUCACACCCGGCUCGUCUCCAUUAACGUUGUAUGAUUCUAGUCGAGCAUUGCCACCGCCAGCUCAUCACAGCUCGGCCAGACCGUUACUGGCGAGUCACGCAGCACAUCCGUUGCCUGCACAUAUGCAGCCUACAGCCGUUUAUGGAUUGGCCCCGCUUUCGCCAGCCAAACACCAAUACCAACCUUCCAGUUUAUGGUUUACCGAAUAAAUUAUUACCGUCGAGUCGUGAAUAAGAAUUGUGUACGAACAAAUAACGAGUAAUUGUACGAUUUUCUGGGAACUUACGAGCCGCUCGUGCCAAUCAGCGAACAUGUAAUCGAUAUCAAAUGGCACAAAGAAAGAAAAGUGUCGUGUUGAUUUUCCCCGUUUUUGUGCACCUGGUCAGUAAGUGAGCGGGUAGGGAAAUUCCGAACCGCUGCGAUUUGCGAUCAGUAGCACAAAUACAUUAUCGAGCAAGUUGGCCGAAGAGAGCAAAGAGCAGAAGCUCAAACAUUAAGACAAAAAUUUUGACAAUCCGUCCUAUAUAUAAGCAGCGACCACUCCCUUCCGAUCGCUCUCAUAAGAAGUGAGAUACGAGAUCACGGUCAAUAUAACUAGAUCUCUUUGUAUAUGUUUGUUACGUCCUUUAUGUGUCCGAAACAAUUUCAUCGUCUUAUCGUAACAAUUUCAUAAGAGGAAAAAAAUCGGAGGAAAAAACCUUGCUUUGAUAUGCAAUUAUAUGCGAAUCGAUCAUUUAACUUUUUUCUUUAAGCAGAAAUGAAAAAGUAAACAUUUUUAUCAUUAAUGAAGAAAUUUUUCACGUUUCCGCCCUAGGGAAAAGUUAUACGAUCGGUACUCUUUUCAACAACAAAAUCUCUCAUCUGGCACAUUUCUUUCUUUCUUUUUUUUUUUUAAUUCCAAGAGACAUAUAUCUCGACGUAUGCGGCAUACAUUAAAUUUCGUAAGUUUCCAGAGACACCGAAGUUUUAUUACGGGAACGGUAGAGUUUAUAAGGACAUUGUACAGACCAAAAUUUUCUAUCGAAUUGUCCCAAUCUGCUUAAGACCCAUACGUAUAGUUUCUCUAUUGUACAUAUACACACACACACACACACACACAUAUAAAUAUAUGGAACUGAUGUGUGACUUAAACAGAUCGGGAACGUUAAUAUCGACGAUAGACAAGAUAUGCACGUAGUGGCAGUGCCGAUCCACAUGCGCGUGGAACUGUUAUUAACGAACAUAUGCGAUUUAUAAUAGCGAUUUAAUUUAACUGCGUAGUGAGUCUGCAUUUCUUUAUGAUAUAUCGCAGGACGUAUCGCGCGCGAGUAUCUUGUUUUUAAUGCUCCUUAACAAAAUUAUUUUAGCGAACUAGGUUUUUUCCAAUUGUCGUAGUAGUUCGUUUUGUUCUUGCUCGUGGAAUUUUUCGAUUACAUUAAGAAUAUCGCUAAGGGAUGUAGCACUCUAUAAUCUUUUACGAUAUUUUAUUUAUAACGGGCACUCAACACUAAUGAGGUAGCCACAUUAUUCUUUGUAGUUUGUAACAUUAUUCAAAUGUUAUUCAAGUAUACAUUACACAUACACAUAUACACGUACAUGCAUACAGAUACGUCCACACGUACAUUAUUUAGUUAUAUCGCAUAUUCCGAACUUCUUCGAGUAGGAUUAUUCGGGUUGUCGUAGGUGUAGGAAUAUUCGUCAGAAAUAAGCAAGAAAUUUAGAAUCGAGUCACCAAUUUAUUAAGGUGAUUGCACGACAUCCGAAUCGACAAAAGCUUUGACGUGCCUUUUUUGGAACAGUCUCAUUAUUUAUUAUUCUUAGAUUAUUACUUUAUAUUAUCUUCACAUUCAUCUUAUUGUUUUCAUCUCCAUCAUGAUCGUUAUCAUCUCCAUUAGCAUUCUCAUUGCUAAUCAUCACAUCGUUCUUAUGUCUAACAUAUUUUGUUUCGAAUUGUGUAAAUAGCAUAUUGCAGGCAGCAUGCCUUAAGUUUGUGGUUUGAAAUACGAAAUUAUGUGUGACCACAAUUUUGAAAAAGUCAUAAAUUGUAUAUAAGUUUAACGAUCUUUUAUGAAUAUUUCUUUUUCCAUUCAUGUUUUGCAUUUUGACAAGAGGAAGAUAUAUGAACCAAGUACAUUGCACAAAUUAGUG